ACAGAGACCCAUCGACCAUGAACCUUCUCCUUUUACUGAGUCUCCUGAUCUACAGCUCCAUGCAUACAGCUGGGACAGAGACUCUACAUGUGAGGCAGACAGUGGGCUCUCGCGCCACCCUUUACUGUGGAAACCUAACUAACGGUAAAGUGACCUGGAGCAGAGACACCAACGGACAGAGAGUGGACAUUCUGACCACUCAUAACGGACAGACGACCAAACACAUCGCUGAUCCAGACAGACGUUACGGCUCAGGAGCAGAUCUAGUGCUGAUUAUACUCAGAGUCUCUCAGUUAGACGCUGGUAGAUACGACUGCAGUGGAGCUACAGUGGAGCUCAGUGUGACAUCAGGAACGGGCCCAAACAGCAUAACCACACCCAAAACUACAACCACAUCUACACCUGCCACACCAGCUACAACUACAACCACAUCUACACCUGCCACACCAGCUACAACUACAACCACACCCAUCUUGUUUAGUUGCCAUCCAGGCUUUCCUGGAAGUCGCUGGGUUUCCAGAUGGUCAAUGUUCAAAUACAUCUUCUGUUAUCUCGACAUUCUAGGCCCAAACAGCAUAACCACACCCAAAACUACAACCACAUCUACACCUGCCACACCAGCUACAACUACAACCACAUCUACACCUGCCACACCAGCUACAACUACAACCACACCCACAGCUAAAAGAAGAGGCAAGAAGGCAAAAUCUACAACUACAACCACAUCCACAGCUAAAAGAACCACUACUAAUACGACAGAAGCUUCAACAACAACUGAAGGUUCAUCUGAAAGACCAUCUCAAGAUCUGUGGAAAGUCCUGACCACAGUAACAGUGAGCUGCCUGGUUGCUGUGGUGCUGGUUCUGUUGUCAUGGAUAUGCUUCUACAAAAGGAAAGGUUACGCUGUUAAACACAAUCAGGAGCAUGUCUACGACUCCAUUGAUGACACCAUGCCAACCGCACAGCCUGUAAGUGACCAACAAAGGACAGAGGAGCCCAUCUACUACUUGCCAACUGAUCCAGGAGCCCAGACCACAGAUAACCAGCAGAGUGUGUAUGAAGCCAUAGAUCCCCCAGAAGAUCACUCCACACCACAGGAACGAGUUGACCAGCUAUGCACCCUCAUCAAGAAGCCAACAAUGUAAACCCUGAACUCUGCUCUCACCUCAUUUCUGCUCUAGACUGACUUCUGGUUUUGCUUUAAUAGUCUGUUGACUAUCUGGUUGUAUCUUUUAGUUUCACUUUCAAAGUUAUUUCAGAGGCUACAGAGACGUGUAAAGUAAAAAGUAUCAAUCUGAUACACGUCUCUUUUGUAUACGUAUGCGAAAUUCACGGUUUCCUGCAUCGUCUGUAAACAUCUCAGCAUGUUGACUCUUUCACAUCUGUUUUAAUUCACUGUUAUUCAGCAUUAGAUGUUGUUUGUGUGCAUAAACACAAAACCUGACUCACCUCAUCAGAUA